AUGGUCAACAUCACUAUCAAUGGAAACACGGUUAACACCAAUGAAUUGCCUGCUGAGCUUCCACAGACAGCGGCCAAGACCAACUUUAUCCUGAUCCAAACGUAUAACCGCGACUUGAAUUCGACUGAAAAGCUUGAGCUAGCGGACCUUGAUGUCGACAUCCAGGAAUAUGUGGCUCAAUUCACCUACCUGUGUCGCUACGAGAAGGAAGAUCUCGAGCCAAUCCGAGCGAAACGAUAUGUCAAAAGUGUCACCAUCUAUCUGCGAGAGCUGAAGAGUACCAUAUCACUCAAGGACAUGGUAGACAGAGAAUUGGACAGAACAUUCUAUAGAGUCGACUGUAUUCUCCACGAGACUCCCAAUGUCACUGCUGAGAAGCUUGCUCCGGAGAUAGCCGAGAAGGCCGGAGUGGACAUCACAAAGCUUGCCGUUUCUCCAGUGAGAAUCAGGCUUACUGUUCACCAAGACAAGCUUGAAGCCCUUGCGAAGCUUGACAGCAUCAGUCGUAUUGAAGAGGUCCGACCAGAUGAAGUACUCAAUGAUCUGGCUCGUGAAACUCUCAAUGCCAAUAUUCUUGCUCUAUCCACGUCCUACGAAGGAAAUGGUCAGAAAGUCUGCGUUGCGGAUACUGGCUUCGACCAGGGCAAGAUGGCAGACGAGAUGGGUAUCCUAGUUCAUCCAGCUUUCAACGGUCGCGUCGAGCAUCUGGAGGCACUUUGGCUCGGAGACAGUAAAGAUACCGCAGGCCAUGGAACGCAUGUCUGCGCAUCAAUCUGUGGAAACGGCCUUUACAAGAAUGGCGAUAUUCGUGUUCGAGGAGUCGCACCAGGCGCGACUCUCAUGGUUCAAUCUAUCGCCCAAGUAUCCAGAGAUCCUAACAAGGGAGCAAUUGAAGUCCCCAUGGACCUAGGCCUUCAGCUUUUCUCCAACCCUUACAAGCUGGGCUAUCGCAUCCACAGUAACUCGUGGGGCAAGGUCUGGGAUGCGAAGACUGGUCAAUUAGGUUACGAGGGUCAAGCGUGGGACAUUGAUAAGUUUGUCAUUGACCAUCAAGACUUUGUCGUUCUGGUAGCAGCUGGGAACAAUGCUGAAAAGGCAAAAUCCAAGAGCAACCAUAUAGGUGCUGCUGGUUCAGCGUUCAACUGUAUCACAGUUGGGGCUACGGGAACAACACGUCCCAACAAUGACUAUGGAUUUGACAACGAGGUUGGUGCAAAGCCAAUGACACGAAUCAACGACACAGCCAAGUUUAGUAGUAGAGGACCGACCAAACCUGGUCGUGACAUCAACGGCAAUGAGUAUGCAGGUAGAAUCAAGCCUGAUGUGGUAGCUCCUGGUGUGGCCAUAUUGUCAGCCGCGUCAAGAGCAAUGGCCAAGGAUUCGAGAAACAGGGUGAUGUAUGGACGUACGGGGGAUGAUGAUUGGACCUUUAUGUCAGGCACGAGCAUGUCAACACCUCUUGUCGCAGGCUGCGUGGCACUGCUUCGCGAAGCCCUGAAGGAACAUGGCAAGGAGAAACCUAGCGCGGCGCUCAUCAAAGCACUACUUGUCAAUGGCGCUGUGAAUUUCUCUGAGCAACUCGGCCUUGGGCUGGGUUAUGACUACGAUCAAGGGUUUGGCCGCGUGGACAUCGACAGCUCGAUCUCUAUGGUGAAGCUGUCUUCCUUCGUCGAUGGUGGAAAGCUAUUUGAAGACACACAGUUUGACGUGGCACCUUUACGUCAAGUCCCUGAGGAAGAGAGACGAUGGACAAGCUCUCUUAUUCCUGUUCCUGCUGGACGAAACCGACUGACUGUGACUCUUGCGUACCCGGACAAGCCAGCGCAGUCGGGAUUGAUGCAGAAUGAUAUCAAUCUCAUUGUACUAUCGGGAGGAGCUGAGAGGCAUGGAAAUAUGGGUAAAGGCCCAGGCUACGAUCAUACCAAUAAUGUCGAGAAGAUCAUCUGGGAGAAUGUCCCGGGCGAGACAUUUAAGAUUGUCGCUUCUAUCUGGAAUAAUAUUGAUGUCAAGGCCCCUACGUCAUUCGCCGUAGCAUGGGAUAUUCGACCUUUGGCAAGACUUUAA